AUGCGCUUCACAUUCAUUCUCGUCUUUCUCGCCUUCAAGGCAGUGGCAGACUCCCUCCCCGGACUCCCGACGGUCCCUUACACGCCCACAGGCGGCACCCUCCCCUCCGCCUCCCUCACCAGGAUCAUCGUCUCCUCCGAGUUCGCGGAAUUCGUCGACAACGCAGGCCAAACCCUCAUCCCGCCGACUCUGCAUUCUUUCGCCACUACCUUCGCCUCGGACCUCGCUUCUGUUGUGGGCCUUGACAUCCCCGUCGAGCUCGGCGCUACUGCGGAGCAGGGAUCGAUAUUCUUGACCCUCGGUGAUGCGAGCCUCUACAGGGACGCUGCCGGUCGUGAGACUUCUGAGGGGUAUUCGCUCAACGUCACGGUCGACGGCGUUUUGAUCUCGGGCGCGAGUCCCUUGGGCGUUUGGUGGGGAACCCGGACCCUGCUGCAGCAACUGGUCCUCGACGGCGGGGAGGUGAAGUUGGGCUAUGGGGUCGAUAGCCCUGGAUGGGGGAUCCGGGGGAUGAUGCUCGACAUCGCUCGCCACUACUACCCUCCCGACUUCCUCGUCGAAAUGUGCGCCUACAUGUCCUUCUUCAAGCAAAACACCUUUCAGCUGCACCUCAGCGACAACCUCUACAACAACGUCGCAAUCUACUCCCGCGAGCGCUCUCUCUCACUCUACGCCGCCUUCAGGCUGCUGUCCGACGACCCGGCCCUCGAGGGCCUCAACAGGCGCGCCAACGAGUCCUACACCCGCGACGUCUUUGACGACAUUCAGGCCCGCUGCGCCGCCCGGGGUGUUACUGUGCUGCCCGAGAUCGAGGCGCCGGGUCAUGCGCUGGUCAUUACGCAGUGGAAACCCGAGCUCGGUUUGCAGAGCGAUUUGAGCCUGUUGAACAUUUCGAACCCGGAGACGAUCCCCGUCGUCAAGAAGAUCUGGGACACCUUUCUGCCGUGGUUCCACACCAAGACGGUGUCCAUUGGGGCGGAUGAAUACGUAGAUCCAACAUUGAGCGAAGAGGCACUGGUUGGGGAAUACACGCGUUUUGUCGACGAAAUGAACGAGCACAUCACGAGCACGUCCGGGAAGCACGUCCGCAUCUGGGGAACGUUUGCGCCCUCGGUAGGCGGCAGCGUCAACAAGUCGAUUUCGAUCCAGCACUGGGCCAACUUCGAAGCCAACCCGCUCUAUGAUUUCGUCAACAACGGUUACGACGUGCUCAACUCGGGAGAGUACAUCUACACAGUCGGGAAGUGGUCACAGUGGUACGGCUCUACAUUGAGCCUCGACUUCAUCUUUCACGGCUCGCCCGACGGAUCAGCCUUUGCGCCCAACAUAUUUGAUCGCGAAAACGCAACCAAUAACGCCGCGAGGGACAGCCCUUCGCUGCUGGGGCAUAUUGCACCUCAGUGGAAUGACUACGGCCCAAACGCAACGACGGUGACUGAGGGAUAUUACCAGUGGCGCGACGGAUUGCCCGCGCUCGCGGACAAGCAGUGGGGAGGCGACGUCGCCGAGGCCGAUUACCAAGGCUUGUUUGCUGCGCUGCAGCCUCUCGCGCCGGGCCAGAAUCUUGAUCGCAGAGUCGCGUCAAAGGGAUCGACAAUCUUGGAAUACGACUUCAAGCAGGGACGCGGUAGCAAUGGUACGGUCGAGGAUCUGUCGGGGAAUCAGUACCAUGCGACGUCGACGUGUGCUGCGGGUGAUGAAGGCGCCAUUCUCACGCCCUCGUGCCGUAUUACGACCCCGCUGAACCAAAAGGGGCGUAACUACACCCUCUCAUUUUCCAUCAAGCCCACGUCCGAUGCCAAGGGGGCCAUCUUCAGCGGUGGGGACAGCGGGCUCUGGUUCGGCAACGGGACAGUGAGCGCCGUCAUGCUCUUCUCGGGGGAGAGCACGUACGCGCUCAACUACACGUUCCCCGUGGGGUCGUGGACGAACGUGAGCCUCAUCGGCAGGGGCAGGCAGACGUUCCUGGACGUUGGGGCGGGCGAGCCCAUGGAGUUCUUGACCGUCAUGGGGUGGAACGGGGACCGGUUUGUGUGGGCGCCGAUUGCAGUGGAGGCGCCGCUGGCAACGGUUGGUGGCAGCGGGUUUGAGGGCGUUAUCGGUGGGAUGAAGCUGGUUGACGAUGCCUAG